AUGUGGCUCAGCGUGACGCUGGCUCUCGCCGUCCUCGGUGUGGCGUUAGGGGACGCUGAACCUGCAAGAGUGAGUUUCGACCCAGUGAAGGCUGCGGAGACGGAGCGACUGUCCGAGGCGGCGCGCGAGCAGCGCUCCCCCAAUCAGUCACUGCUGCAACUGUUGUCAGCAAUCGGAGUCGGUAGUCAGGAUGAACCUGUUCCCCGAACUUCGGGGCGGGCUGUUGGCGGAUGGCCGAUUCCGGCCUAUCCAUAUGAAAUGGUUUUAGACAGUUUGCGGCCGCGAAAUACUAUUAUACCUAUAAUAGUACUGCCAGUAUCACUUUCUCCAUCACGUCCGACCCCACGACCAGAGUGUGACACUGGUUCUACUGCGAAUAAGUUCAAUCCCAACAAAGAUGAAGAUUAUGAAGACAAUUAUUAUAAUGUGCCACAUGAAAGGCCGCGGGAACCGUCCACUCGACGCCCGCCCAGCACGGGUCGACGUCCGAAGCCGAGGCCUGAGGAUAGGUUUAGUGAUACCAACGACGAUGAACCUCCCAGACGACCACAUAAAAAAGAACAACCUUCAUUUCCUUCUUACGUACAAGUAGAAAAACUCGACGAAACUCCUACUAGCCCGCCUAUUGACAAAACGAUAUCAUCUAAAGAGUUAGUUGAAAAAUUCCGCGCACAAGUUGCGCAAGAACCAAGACUGCCGCCUGUACUUUUGUCAUCAUAUGACAGCAGCGAACGGUUGCCAAUUCCUGAAGAUGUCGAUAGUUCCUACGUUGAGGGUCCAAAUCAGAUACCGGAUAUCUCACCUUCACAACAACCUACUUCAGCCCAAAGCACUAACUCGUUUCCAUCGAGAGCGUACGGCGGAUUCAUUGGAGCAAAUGUAAGGAAUCGCGACCCCCCCCGGCCCCGCUUUGACCGCCCGCUUUUAUUGCACGGCGAGCUCACCGUCCCGCGAGCAGAUUUUACUGAAGCUUACACUGUAUGGUGGGAUGCCAAAACUGGAUCCUCAAAAAUUGACUUUCACGGCGGUUCCACCUCCACAUAUCGGACUGUGAUGCCUGAUGGUGGUGUGCAGCGUUUAGAAAUGCGGAUAGAUCGUUCCGGGGAUCGAGGAAUUCGACGCUGCGCAAAAGCAACAUCACGAACGAGCCAACCGGCAGAUCUUGCACAACCCGCGCUGCCCGACAUGGAAUUGUUUUCCUUUGCUGGGUAUGAGCAGGGCGAGGGCGGGCGGCUGGAGCGCUGGCGGCACAGCGUGACCGGGCGGGCGGGCGAGCUGGGCGGCGCGCGGGGCGAGGCACUCACGCUGCGCCACGAGCUGCUACUGCAGCGCCUGCCGGACGACUCCGCGCGCCCUCUGCAGUACAUUGUGAAUGUUGAUAGCUCCGUGCUCGGCGCUAACUGCGAUGGGUAUGAACAUCGCUACAUCGACGUGCGUGAACACACAAAAGACUUAGAUUUUUUUACACCAAAAAUUGAUGAGAUUUGUGAUUCCGUAGAGAUCUUAAAUGCUUCAAAACCUGAUGAUCUAGCGCGUCUCGAACCUUUACGUGAAUUUACUCUACCCCUGCGUGAUCUACGAUACAAUGAAGUCUUACAAAGGUUUAAACAGGAAUUCAAUCGGCAAUACAUAGAUAAUAUUGAAGAAGCGGUGCGGAAAAAUUUGUUAAUUCAACAUAGCCGUUUCAUAUCAUCUGGAAAUCGCGAAGGUGCUACCUUUGAGCUGGGCGUCAACUUCCUCGGCGACCGUCUCAACGAUGAGUUGGAAAAUUUACUGGGAGUGAAUCUGUCUGCGGAAAAUAUUCGCGCAGAGCAUUUUCCGCACAAUCGCAGCUCAGUACAGUCUGAAGAAGCACGCUUGCCAAACAGAUUCGAUUGGCGUCCACGUGGAGGUGUCUCGCCAGUAAGAUACCAGGGCUCGUGCUCGUCAUGCUGGGCGUUCGCAGUCGCUGGAGCUGUGGAGGGGGCGCUAUUUAUACGUACACGUCGCCUCGUGCCGCUGUCUGAGAAGUGUCUUGUGGACUGUGCUCAUCCGUUUGGAGGUAACGGUUGCAAGGGCACCUGGCCGAGCCACGCUUAUGAUUAUGUCCAAAAUCGUGGCUUGCCAGCACUCGAGGAGUAUCCACCUUACGAGCCAAAGGUAGAUAAAUGUGCGGAGGAUAAAGUGCCUGCUAUUACACGCAUCAGUGCGCACGUCAACGUUACGAUCAACAGUGUUCCCGCGCUUAAGGUGGCGAUACGACGACACGCGCCGUCUGUAGUCCUUGUUGACGGUAAAGCUAAGAGCUUUGUAUUCUACAAAAAAGGUGUUUUAUAUGACGACAGAUGCGCCAAGAAUAAGUUGAACCACGCCGUUCUGGCGGUCGGAUGGGGAGAACGGAAAGGCGAGCCUCAUUUCAUUCUUAAGAACUCCUGGUCGGAGGCGUGGGGCGAGCGCGGGUACGUCCGCGUGCAGGCGCGCGCCAACACGUGUGGCGUGCUGUCGCGUCCCUCCUACCCGCGCCUCGAGGACGGCGACGUGCAGCGCGCGCCCGCACGCGAGCCCGCCCACGAGCGAGCGCGCGUCCGCCCGAGGGACAUCGACUACGAUGAAUCUCAA